AUGCUCAAAACACUCCUAAUCUUCUCACUAAUCAAAACCACGAUUCAAGAAGAAGAAUAUGACAAAAGUUACAACAACCUUGACAAAGUUGUCAAAAUCACGUAUAAUUCUGCAAAAGUAACAGACAGAAACGAUUCAAUGCAACCAAUGAUCAAAGUCCUACCCAACUUCACAUUUAGAACUUGCGAAUCGCAAAUGCUCGAUCGAAAAGCGUUUAUCGGCCAAUUUUUGUUGAAUCCACAUGAAAGCAUGAUUGCUAGGGAAUUUCGAGACAUCAAUUAUAAUUAUGAAAAUGGACGGCAUUUUAUUGAGUUCAUUGCCACUUUCGAGCAUUUUGCUGCCAAGUUUUUGAUAGACUGUGAAGGUGAUGGAUAUACUUCUAGAUUUAUUAGAGGUUUUGCAGUUUAUUGUCCAUAUAAAAUUAAAGACUACCAAGGCAAUUUGUUUGGUCUCGGUUAA